AUGCGCCCAGCACCGUCCGUUCAGCUAAACGACUGUGUCAUCUCGCUUUACCUGGACCUCACGCCUUCAGUACCUGGACCUCACUCCUUCAGUACCUGGACCUCACUCCUUCAGCACCUGGACCUCGAGCCUUCAGCACCUGGACCUACUCCUUCAGCACCUGGACCUCACUCCUUCAGUACCUGGACCUCACGCCUUCAGUACCUGGACCUCACGCCUUCAGUACCUGGACCUCACGCCAUCAGUACCUGGACCUCACUCCUUCAGUACCUGGACCUCACGCCUUCAGUACCUGGACCUCACGCCUUCAGUACCUGGACCUCACGCCUUCAGUACCUGGACCUCACUCCUUCAGUACCUGGACCUCACUCCUUCAGUACCUGGACCUCACGCCUUCAGUACCUGGACCUCACGCCUUCAGUACCUGGACCUCACUCCUUCAGUACCUGGACCUCACGCCUUCAGUACCUGGACCUCACUCCUUCAGUACCUGGACCUCACGCCUUCAGUACCUGGACCUCACGCCUUCAGUACCUGGACCUCACUCCUUCAGUACCUGGACCUCACUCCUUCAGUACCUGGACCUCACGCCUUCAGUACCUGGACCUCACGCCUUCAGUACCUGGACCUCACACCUUCAGUACCUGGACCUCACGCCUUCAGUACCUGGACCUCACGCCUUCAGUACCUGGACCUCACUCCUUCAGUACCUGGACCUCACGCCUUCAGUACCUGGACCUCACUCCUUCAGUACCUGGACCUCACGCCUUCAGUACCUGGACCUCACGCCUUCAGUACCUGGACCUCACGCCCUCUCACCUGGACCUCACCCUUCAGUACCUGGACCUCACCCUUCACUGGACCUCACCCUUCAGUACCGACCUCACUCCUUCAGUACCUGGACCUCACUCCUUCAGUACCUGGACCUCACGCCUUCAGUACCUGGACCUCACUCCUUCAGUACCUGGACCUCACUCCUUCAGUACCUGGACCCUCACGGACCUUCAGUACCUGGACCUCACGCCUUCAGUACCUGACCUCACGCCUUCAGUACCUGGACCUCACUCCCUUCAGUACCUGGACCUCACGCCUUCAGUACCUGGACCUCACGCCUUCAGUACCUGGACCUCACGCCUUCAGUACCUGGACCUCACGCCUUCAGUACCUGGACCUCACGCCUUCAGUACCUGGACCUCACGCCUUCAGUACCUGGACCUCACGCCUUCAGUACCUGGACCUCACCCUUCAGUACCUGGACCUCACUCCUUCAGUACCUGGACCUCACUCCUUCAGUACCUGGACCUCACUCCUUCAGCACCUGGACCUCACUCCUUCAGCACCUGGACCUCACGCCUUCAGUACCUGGACCUCACACCUUCAGUACCUGGACCUCACUCCUUCAGUACCUGGACCUCGAGCCUUCAGUACCUGGACCUCACACCUUCAGUACCUGCACCUCAUUCCUUCAGUACCUGGACCUCACUCCUUCAGUACCUGGACCUCACUCCUUCAGUACCUGGACCUCACUCCUUCAGCACCUGGACCUACUCCUUCAGCACCUGGACCUCACGCCUUCAGUACCUGGACCUCACACCUUCAGUACCUGGACCUCACUCCUUCAGUACCUGGACCUCGAGCCUUCAGUACCUGGACCUCACACCUUCAGUACCUGGACCUCACGCCUUCAGUACCUGCACCUCAUUCCUUCAGUACCUGGACCUCACUCCUUCAGCACCUGGACCUACUCCUUCAGCACCUGGACCUCACUCCUUCAGUACCUGGACCUCGAGCCUUCAGCACCUGGACCUCACACCUUCAGUACCUGGACCUCACUCCUUCAGUACCUGGACCUCAUUCCUUCAGUACCUGGACCUCACUCCUUCAGUACCUGGACCUCGAGCCUUCAGCACCUGGACCUCACACCUUCAGUACCUGCACCUCAUUCCUUCAGUACCUGGACCUCACUCCUUCAGUACCUGGACCUCGAGCCUUCAGCACCUGGACCUACUCCUUCAGCACCUGGACCUCACUUCUUCAGUACCUGGACCUCGAGCCUUCAGCACCUGGACCUCACACCUUCAGUACCUGGACCUCACUCCUUCAGUACCUGGACCUCGAGCCUUCAGCACCUGGACCUCACACCUUCAGUACCUGGACCUCACUCCUUCAGUACCUGGACCUCGAGCCUUCAGCACCUGGACCUCACACCUUCAGCACCUGGACCUCACACCUUCAGUACCUGGACCUCGAGCCUUCAGCACCUGGACCUACUCCUUCAGCACCUGGACCUCACUCCUUCAGUACCUGGACCUCGAGCCUUCAGCACCUGGACCUCACACCUUCAGUACCUGGACCUCACUCCUUCAGUACCUGGACCUCGAGCCUUCAGCACCUGGACCUCACACCUUCAGCACCUGGACCUCACACCUUCAGCACCUGGACCUCACACCUUCAGCACCUGGACCUCACUCCUUCAGAGGGAGGUGGACCGGCUGGUGUCCUGGUGUCUCCUACAGGAGGGAGGUGGACCGGCUGGUGUCCUGGUGCAGUGGUAACAACCUGGAGCUGAACGCCCAGAAGACAGUGGAGAUGAUUGUGGACUUCAGGAAGAGCACUGUCCCCCCGCCCCCACCCUCCGUGAUGGACUCCCCCAUCACCUCUGUGGAGUCCUUCCGUUUCCUGGGCACCACCAUCACCCAGGACCUCAAGUGGGAGCCGACCAUCAGCUCCCUCAUCAAGAAGGCCCAGCAGAGGAUGUACUUCCUGCGGCAGCUCAGGAAAGCCAAGCUGCAGUUCUACACGGCCAUCAUCGAGUCCAUCACCUCCUCCAUCACCUCCACCAUCACCUCCUCCAUCACCUCCUCCAUCACCUCCUCCUUCACCUCCUCCAUCACCUCCACAUCACCUCCACAUCACCUCCUCCAUCACCUCCUCCAUCACCUCCUCCAACACCUGCUCCAUCACCUCCUCCAUCACCUGCUCCAUCACCUCCUCAUCACCUGCUCCAUCACCUCCUCCAUCACCUCCUCCAACACCUCCUCCAUCACCUCCUCCAUCACCUGCUCCAUCACCCCCUUCAUCACCUCCUCCAUCACCUCCUCCAUCACCUCCUCCAUCACCUCCUCCAUCACCUCCUCCAUCACUUCCUCCAUCACCUCCUCCAUCACCUCCUCCAUCACCUCCUCAUCAUCUCCUCCAUCACCUCCUCCAUCACCUCCUCAUCACCUCCUCCAGCACCUCCUCCAUCACCUCCUCCAUCACCUCCUCCAUCACCUCCUCCAUCUCCUCCUCCAUCACCUCCUCCAUCACCUCCUCCAUCACCUCCUCAUCACCUCCUCCAUCACCUCCUCCAUCACCUCCUCCAUCACCUCCUCCAUCACCGUGUGGUUCGCUGGAGCCACAGUGGUUUUGGGUGGUUCUGGGUGGUUUUGGGUGGUUCUGGGUGGUUCGGGGUGGUUCGGGGUGGUUCUGGGUGGUUCUGGGUGGCUUUGGGUGGCUUUGGGUGGUUCUGGGUGGUUCUGGGUAGUUUUGGGUGGUUCUGGGUGGUUUUGGGUGGUUCGGGGUGGUUCUGGGUGGUUCUGGGUGGCUUUGGGUGGUUCUGGGUGGUUCUGGGUGGUUUUGGGUGGUUUUGGGUGGCUUUGGGUGGUUCUGGGUGGCUUUGGGUGGUUCGGGGUGGUUCAUGGUGGUUCGGGGUGGUUCUGGGUGGUUCUGGGUGGCUUUGGGUGGUUCGGGGUGGUUCAUGGUGGUUCGGGGUGGUUCUGGGUGGUUCUGGGUGGCUUUGGGUGGCUUUGGGUGGUUCGGGGUGGUUCAUGGUGGUUCGGGGUGGUUCUGGGUGGUUCUGGGUGGCUUUGGGUGGUUCGGGGUGGUUCUGGGUGGUUAUGGGUGGCUUUGGGUGGCUUUGGGUGGUUCGGGGUGGUUCAUGGUGGUUCGGGGUGGUUCUGGCAAAAGGGGCAGAAGCAAUAUGCACUGGAGCUAAAUAUGUACUAA